AUGCUGCUUACCGCUAGGCUCGUGAGCCGCAUUCACCGUCCCGCGAUAGGCUUGCAACGGUCCUCGACGCGAACGCAGCCAAGAUGCGUUUUCGCAACUUGCGUUGCACUUCGUUUCCCGCAGAGGAAGCGAGAAGAUGACAGCAUCUUUAAGAAGCCUCCGCCCACAGUCGCAACCCCGCGAAAAGAUUCGAAAGAUGACGUUCUUCACGAGGACAUCUACACGAUCCCAAACGCUCUUACAUUUACUCGAUUAGUAGCCGCACCUAUCGUGGGCUACUUGGUUCUGCACGAUCAUCAUGCUUGGGCUGCCGGACUAUUCGCGUAUGCUGGAAUCACAGACCUGGUCGAUGGCUGGAUUGCGCGCAAGUGGAACAGAAAGACUGUGGUGGGCACGAUCAUUGAUCCCAUGGCGGACAAGGCUUUGAUGACCAUCUUGACUGUGUGUCUUGCUGUCAAAGGAGCACUCCCUGUGUGGCUGGCUACUAUUAUACUGGGCAGAGACGUCGGCCUCGCGAUUGCAGCGAUAUACUACCGGUGGAUUUCAUUACCUCCACCAAAGACUUUUACCAGAUACUGGGACUUUUCUCUACCUUCCGCAGAAGUCCGUCCUACGACUAUCAGCAAGUACAAUACAGUCCUUCAGGUCGGGCUGAUUGGUCUGACGACGGCUGCACCUCUCAUCACCUGGGACAUUGGGCCAACAAUGACCGUCAUGCAGUACGUUGUGGCCGCCACAACAAUUUGGAGUGGUGCAAGCUAUGUUUACAGUAAGGAUGCUGUGAAAAUCUUGAACAAGCCCUCAACGCCGCCCAAGAAUCGAAGCUAA